GCGGAAACACGGAGUUUAUAGCGGAACAGACACAGUCUAGCAUGUUCUACACAGCGGGUCCAAUUCACCCCACACACUGGACGACAACCACAAUAAUCACCUGAGAGUAAUGACAGUUGAAAGAGGAGUGUCAGGAUUCUGGAGCCAACAGAAUGGAGCGUGAAAUGUCUCCAGUGAUGCAGUGAUUUCCUCUGAAUCUGAGCAGUCGGGCUGAAAGGAAGCACACUGGCUCUGCCUGGUUGCAGCAAGAUAUUUUUGAGUACAUAUCAGCGGCAUCAGGACCAUUCUCUCUCUCUCUCUCUCUCUCCUCUCCUCUCCUCUCCUCUCCUCUCCUCUCCUCUCCUCUCCUCUCCUCUCCUCUCCUCUCUGUGAUUGGAUAGACAGCCUGACGGUUGGAACUCAACAUGCCAGUGAUGUCAACGCCAGACUUCAGACUGUAACCAUGGGCAACGUGGAGAGCCAGAACGUCGAUCACGCCUUCUACGGCACCCAACAUGGCCACCUGUCCCGUAAGCACAUGUCUCGAUCGCUCCGCGUCUCCAACAAGCACCAUCAGUCCAGUUCUGGUUCCAGCCGCCGCUCCCGUGACUGUCACGCCUCGCAAGGCAAAGUGGAUCACCGAAACUCUGAGACCUCCACGCGUUCCAGCAGCACCCCUAGUAUCCCACAGUCCUUAGCGGAUCACGCCCUGGAGCCCUUCAACCAGACCAAUGUCCUGUCAGACUACUCCUCUCCGAUCUGGGUGGACCGCGUGGCCAUGAACCUCCGGCCCGUCUCCUGCCAUACCCACCUAGACAACCCGUCUGUAACGCCCCAUCAAGACGCAGAGUCACCUGGGACUAGACCCCACGAACCCCAGGGUCUACAGGACAGAGGACUGGGCCUAUACAGUAACACAGGGGAGGCGACCUACCUUCAGAAGACUAGAGACGGACCUAGGGAACCUCGAGAGGUGGUCAGCUUCAAGAAGAAGAGAUCCAAAUCAGCCGACAUGUGGAGAGAAGACGACAGUCUGGACUUCAGUCUGUCAGACCUCAGCCGGGAACACCUCACCAGCACAGAGGAGAUCAUCGACACGGAGGAGGUAGAAGACUUCCCUGAUUGUGACGGCCUGCUGGGGCUCGUGUCCCCUGAGGGUCUGGAGAGUCUGGACGCAGCAGGCCGAGCCAACUCCCUGGACCAGCUCUACGGGGGUCAGAUGACCCCGACCCGCCGACCCGCUGGACGCUACGCUAAGUGGCACCAUGACGCUAACCGCUCCGCCCGAGAGGGUGAUAAGAUGGUGUCUCCGGAAGAGGAGGAUGAUGGGAACUCGUACGGAGCGUAUACUCUGCCCUGCCGACGCUCACACUGCCUGUCUGAGGGGCUAACCAAUCCCCGGGCUGCCACCUGCUCCACAAUGCAGGGACGCAGGGCACAGACCAUACAGGAUGUGACAGCCGGAGAGGGCAGUGAGUACGAGGACAGUGGCAUCGACGGGGUGACUGCUUCGGGGGCGGAGCAUCAGUCCCGGCGCUAUAAGACCAUGUCCAUGUCCUUCUCCGUGUGCUCGGCGGCGGGGCGGAGCCUGUUCGCUGGCAGCGACAGCGGAAGCAGCAGCGGGGGAGGAGCCAGUGAGGGGGUCCAGGGGGUCUACGAGAACUUCAGACAGGAGUUGGAGAUGAGCUCAUGUCAGACAGAGAGUCUGGAGGAGGCGGGGUCAGCCCUGAGUGACGAGCAGAGCACCAUGAGUUCAGCCUACCAAUCAGAUCCCCUGCACGGCGUCGUCCAGGGAACCGUGAGGAAGGCAGGCCGGCUGGCCGUCAAGAACUUCCUGGUUCACAAGAAAAGCAAGAAGGUGGAGUCGGCCACCAGGAGGAAGUGGAAGAGCUACUGGGUCUGCCUCAAAGGAUGCACUCUCUUCUUCUACGAAACAGACGGACGGUCGGGGAUCGACCACAACAGUGUCCCUAAACAUGCGGUGUGGGCUGAGAACAGUAUCGUCCAGGCCGUCCCUGAACACCCCAAGAAGGACUUUGUCUUCUGCCUCAGCAACUGUCUAGGGGAUGCAUUUCUCCUCCAGACGUGCAGUCAGACGGAGCUGGAGAACUGGAUCACGGCCAUCCACUCGGCGUGCGCGGCGGCCGUUGCCAGGCAGCAUCACCGGGAGGACACGGUGCGUCUGUUGAGGGCGGAGAUUAAGAAGCUGGAGCAGAAGAUCGACAUGGACGAGAAGAUGAAGAAGAUGGGAGACAUGCAGCUCAGUGCCGUGACCGAUACCAAGAAGAGGAAGACCAUACUGGACCAGAUCUUUCUGUGGGAGCAGAACUUGGAACAGUUUCAUAUGAGUCUGUUCCGGUUCCGGUGUUACCUGGCCAGUCUGCAGGGAGGGGAGCUGCCCAACCCCAAACGCCUGCUAGCCUUCGCCUCCAGACCCACUAAACUGGCCAUGGGACGCCUCGGAAUCUUCUCUGUGUCGUCCUUUCAUGCUCUGGUGGCAGCCCGUACAGAGAGCGGGGGGAGGAGACGUACCCAGGCCAUGUCACGUACCUCCUCAUCCAAACGUAAGAGCAGGUUCUCCUCUCUGUGGGGCCUGGACACUACUUCCAAGAAGAAGACCACAGCCCACCCCACCAUCAACCAGGUCUUUGUUGAUGGGGAGGAGCCAGUGAAAAAGCCUCUGGACGGGAUCUAUGAUGUGGACACUGCCAGGGAGAGAGGGAAGAGUCAUGAGGGGAAGAGUCUUCCUCAGGUCAACUCAGACAUUCACAUGACAGACAGUGAUAUCUGGGUGCCUGACCACCUGACCCCGUCCUGGGUGUGUCUUCCUAACGACCAGCCUGUCCUCGUCAUCAUCCAGCCUAGAGAGUCUGCUCUGUACGCGCUGGAGACCAUCUGCAAGGCCCACCAGCUGGAUUCCACCAAACAUUACCUGCGUCUCAAGUUCCUCAUGGAUAACCAAGUCCAAUUCUACAUCCCUAAACCUGACGAGCAGCUGUGUGACUUGCUUUAUAAAGAGAUAGAGCUCGGCUCCAAAAUAACCGAAGUCAUCCAGUUCGACAGGGAUGAAUCCUGUAUGAUUGGCUACGGGUUUUCCAUCUCAGUGGUAGAGGAGGAUUUGGUCCAGCAGCUCUACAUAACCGCUGUAAAGGCGGGAGGAUUGGCCUUCGCUAGAGGUCUGAAUGCGGGCGAUGAGAUCUUGCAGUUGAAUGGGAAAGACUCGUGCAGAUUGAAGUUCGGGGACAUGAAGGGGGCAUUUUCCCAGGCCUCUCUGUCCCUGACCGUCAACACUCUGCCCUCCACGGACCGACGACAAAUCUGUUACCUGCCCCCCCGACGCUCUGACGCACAGGAAGUCCUCCACACAGACAUCUUCUCUGUGAACCAGGAGGAGAUUCUGGAUGACGGGGUUGGUCUGAUGCUGGAUAGUUCAGGAGACAGCCUGGACGACGACUCUGAGAUCUUCAGCGAGGCAGACCAAUGCAGAAAGAGUACAGAGCAGGUCGCAGCAUUCUGCCGCAGUCUCCAUGAUAUGAAUCCGUCUGAGUGUGCCACGACCUCCUCAUCCCCCAGCCUGGACUCGCCCUUCGGUCCCCCUGCCACCGGCACCGCCAGCCGCCAGCUCUCCGACGCCGACAAGCUACGCAAAGUAAUCUGUGAGCUGGUUGAGACGGAACGCACCUAUGUCAAAGAUCUCAAUUGUCUCAUCGGGAGGUACUUAACCCCGCUGCAGAAGGAGACGUGCCUCACUCAGGAUGAGCUGGACAUUCUGGUUGGGAACCUGCCUGAGAUGGUGGAGUUCCAGGUGGAAUUCCUGAAGACUCUAGAAGACGGGACCAGAUUGGUUCCAGACCUGGAGAAGCUGGAGAGAGUGGACCAGUUCAAGAAAAUCCUCUUCUCUCUAGGAGGUUCCUUCCUGUACUAUGCAGACCGGUUUAAGAUCUACAGUGCGUUCUGCGCCAGCCACACCAAAGUCCCCAAGGUGCUCGUAAAGGCUAAGACCGAUGCAGACUUCAAGGCGUUUCUGGAAGAGAGGAACCCGAAACAGCAACACUCCUCAACCCUGGAGUCCUACCUGAUCAAACCCAUCCAGAGAGUUCUGAAGUACCCACUACUACUGAGAGAGCUGUACUCACUGACGGACCCGGACAGUGAAGAACACUAUCACCUGAAUGUUGCUAUGAAGGCCAUGAACAAGGUGGCCAGUCACAUCAAUGAGAUGCAGAAGGUCCACGAGGAGUUUGGGUUGGUGUUUGACCAGCUCAUAGCGGAGCAGAGUGGAGACAAGAAACAGGUUGCUGAUCUGUCGAUGGGGGACUUGCUGCUCCACACCAGCGUAGCCUGGAUCAACCCUCCCUCCUCCCUGGGCAAAUGGAAGAAAGAACCCCAACUGGCUGCAUUCAUCUUCAGAACAGCCGUGGUGUUUGUGUGUAAGGAUGGAUCCAAGCAGAAGAAGAAAAUGGGUGGCUCCCAUCGAGCGUCGUCAGUCUCGUCUGAAGACAAGGACCCAUUCCGCUUCCGUCACAUGAUCUCCACAGACGCGCUCCAAGUCCGAGCCCUCAAUAACCAAGACGGAGAGGGCUCUGCCGUGUGUGAGAUCGUCCACGUCAAGUCCGAGUCAGAAGGACGGCCGGAGAGGACAUUCCACCUGUGCUGCAGUUCUGUGGACAGUAAGAAGGACUUCCUGAAGACAGUCCACUCCAUCCUGAGAGAUAAACAACGACGUCAACUGAUGAAGACAGAGUCUCUACCUCCCAACCAGCAGUAUGUCCCCUUCGGAGGCAAACGCCUCUGUGCCCUGAAGGGAGCCAGACCUGCCAUGAACAGAGCAGUGUCAGACCCGGCGAGGACCCUGGGCCGGAGGAAACUGGUGAGGAACCGUUUCACUAUCGACACAGACAUCGUCUUCGACGGCGAGCCGGACCAGGAGUCCGCUCUGUCUCCACUGUCUUCUGAAGAGCCUGAGGGACAGGGACAAAGGGAAGGAAAGGAACGGGGGGAGGUGCAGGCAGGGGAUACAGACCGCUGGGUGGAGGAGCAGAUUGACCUGGAGCGCUACGAGGCGCAGCAGGAGAAGGAGGUGAAAGGAGGAGGAGACGUGAAAGAAACAGAGAUCUUCAGUGGUGAUGAUGAUUUCUGCCUGUCUGUCAGAGGACCCUCUACUGAAUCACUGUCCAACACAGACCUAGAUGGGCCUAUCGGGGCCCUGUCCCUGGGAGAGGAAGGCCAAGAGAGGGGCCCUAAACACCCCCAGCCCCAGGGAGCCAUGGGGACCACCACCCCAGGGAUGAGACUUUCCCACCUGGGGAAGCAGCGUGGCCUAGCUGGGAUGAGUGUGGAUGACCAAGGGGCUAGGGAGGAAGGUGAGGACAUCUGGCUACGCAGGGAGAACUGUCCACCGGACUCAGGCGGUCAGACACUACAGAGCUAGAGUACAAGAUCAGCAGAUGGUUACAGACAGUGUGUCUUACCACUCAGACAGAGAGCUUUAUAUGAGUUACAAAUGGCACCCUUUUCCCUAUUUUCGACCAUAAGGUUCUGGUCGAAAGUAGUGCACUAUAUAGGGAAUAGGGCCCUGUCUAAAGCAGUGCACUAUAUAGGGAAUAGGGCCCUGUCUAAAGCAGUGCACUAUAUAGGGAAUAGGGUUCUAUAGGGCCCUGGUCUAAAGUAGUGCACUAUAUAGGGAAUAGGGUUCCAUAGGGCCCUGGUCUAAAGUAGUGCACUAUAUAGGGAAUAGGGUUCCAUAGGGCCCUGGUCUAAAGUAGUGCACUAUAUAGGGAAUAGGGUUCCAUAGGGCCCUGGUCUAAAGCAGUGCACUAUAUAGGGAAUAGGGUUCCAUAGGGCCCUGGUCUAAAGUAGUGCACUAUAUAGGGAAUAGGGUUCCAUAGGGCCCUGGUCUAAAGUAGUGCACUAUAUAGGGAAUAGGGUUCUAUAGGGCCGUGGUCUAAAGUAGUGCACUAUAUAGGGAAUAGGGUUCUAUAGGGCCCUGGUCUAAAGGGUGCCAUUUGGGAAGCAUCCAUGAGCUUCAAGAAAGAAUCCGCAAUCAAUCAAUCAAUCAAUCAAUCAAUCCCCACCCAUCAAUAUUACAUGUGCAUAGAUAUGCAUGGCACAGCUACUUCAAGCUGCUA